AUGGAUCUCCAGGGGACCAAAGAGGCUCGUACACAGGAGGAGGGUGCCGACGGCCCGCUGGAUGCCUAUGGCGCUAGCAGUGGCCGUUCAAAAGAGUUUCGUAAGAAUGAGAGACGCGAUUCUCACAGCCAUGAGAGCUCAUCCAACGUGAACACCCUUCGUCGUCAUCAGCCACCAUUUACGUACCCGCCCGGUACCCGCCAGCCUGGGGCAUCCUCGCGAUCGGGAUCGGGAUCGACAUCUAAGGCUGCACCUCGGUCCCGAGACCCAUCACCUUCCCCGGAGGCCAUCACUAUCCCGCAAGCACUAGGCCUGGGUGCACGAGACCAGCGGCUCCUCUGUAAGGCCCGACGACAACCUCCCGUAACGAAGCGGACCCUGAGCGAACUCGAUCUGCCUUGUAUCAUGAGCAAUAUUAAUCUCCGAAUGGACGCCAACUUCGAUCGCGACCUGCACUUCAAGCCCGAUCUGGAUGGCGAAAAAGGAAAGCGCAAGCGGAAGGAGGCUGCCGACUACUGGGAUUCUAUGGCUAUGGAAAUCGCAAUCUACGCAUACCGCGCCGCAAACCCCGAUGACGAUGUGGAUGAGAAGAGUCCUCGAGAUGACAACUCGAAGCGCACAUUCGAGCCCCGACUGCCGGCCAUGUUUGAAACCUUACAAGAAGUCAUCAAAACUCUUGUCCCAGAACGUGAUCAUCCAAGCGUCAUGGAGAACCUCGAAGUACCUCUACUCAUGCAACAGGUUCGCAAGGGUGUUCUUGACAUGGUGGCACUGGCGACAUGGAUGGCGGCUUUGCUGAAGACACAUUGCGCGCCAAUGCGCGAUGAAUGGGCGGAUCGGAUGGUGAAGCAGAUCACUGAGGGGUCGCAGUCGCAGGAACCAAAGCAGAUCGUCAAUGGGCUGCAGACUCUGUUUGCUAUCUUGGAGGCAAUGAAACUGGAUGUCGCUAAUCAUCAAAUACGCACAUUCCGUGUUCUUCUCGUCGAGGACACAGUGCCAUUCCUACAAGAGUACUUCCAAGGCAAAAUCAGCCGUGGUAGCUUCCAAGUUGAGCCCGCCAGAAUCUGGUAUCUUGCAGCGCGGGAACGGGCCCAGAAAGAAGAUGAAGCGAAGGGUCCAACCGCAACACAGUCAGAUGAUACGUUCAAGCCCCUCGAAGCCCUAUUCCGAGGGAUCUCAGACCAGCUUCUCCAGUUUAAUCCGCCGGCGGACUACCCGGAGACCUUCCUCUUUGACACGGACCGGCUGUGGCAAUUGCGCUCGACCAUUCAGAAUCUCAUCAAUCUUGAGAUUGCAUGGUACAUCUUUGAGUCAUAUGUCCACACUCAGAAGCGGUAUCUCUCCGCUCGUGGCGAGACUUAUUCCACUUUCCGCUCGCGGAUUUGGUCGCUCAUGGAGGAUGAGCUGAGCUCCGAUGGGCGAAGUGCCAGCGAAGAUGACGAUCCUGAUCUACGGGGCAGCAAGCGCUGGCUGCAGAACAUGCGCGGCAUUGCCCUGGAAAUUGCUCGGUUCGCCUGUGCUGCAUGUUGCCUGGACGUCGUCGUUGCUGACGAGGUUAUCGCUCCGGUCGAGGAGGCUCUCCUGUGGCACCUAUCCAACGAGUCCGAACUUUUCCGCUACUUCCAGAAUACCAUGCGUGACAAGGUUCUCACCGCGACACUCGCUUCGGCUCGGAGAUACCUACCACUCUCGCCGCUGGCUAUCUGUGAGUCCCAGCGCACGGUACCUCCACCGUCCACUGCGAAUGGUCCUGCGCCUAACCCUCCGUCGUCGUCGGCUGCGGUUCCUGCUCCAUCGACAUCUUCAGCCUCAUCCUCAUCGCAGACUAUUUCCGCACAACAAUACGAUAUUGAACGUAUCGGUAUGCGUCUUGGUCAUAUAGGCAUCCUGCACUGGCGUGUCUGGGCAUCGCUUCUAUAUCUAAGAGACGAGAUCGCCGACUCAAGACCCGAGCCGCCAGCUUUCCUAUAG